GCAGAGGGUUUACAGGCCAAGGUAAUCGAUCAGGACGGAUUAUAUAGCGGCUUCGUGCAUUUUCGUGAAUUUCCGGAAAAACCGACAACAUAAACGUGCAAAUAUGAAUUUAUUUGUGCAGAUACAGUGCAUAUCACUGAACAUACCCUCAGGGUGAUUGUACAGAUUACAGUUAGUACACAACGCCCCCUCACUACGUCAUUGUGUGUGUGUGUGUGUGUGUGUGUGUGUGUGUGUGUGUGUGUGUGUGUGCGCGCUCGCUCGCGCCGUUCCAGCUGUAACGAGUGCAUGAGCUCCUGGACAAAUACAUGGAUCUACGGACAGCUAAAAGACAGCAGACUAAAACAUCUGCCCUGAGGCCAGGAUGGAGUUUGUGUGCAUAAGGUGGAGGGCGAAGUUCUCUGUUCUGCUUUUGCACACCUUUACCUGGGGCUGGACAGGCCAUGCGAGAGCUCUUGACCCCGCCCCCAAGAUUGAUGGACGCCACCACUCUGAGGUCACAGUUCAAGAAAACAUCACUCAUAGCUUCAAUUGCCAAUCAGAGGGCUGGAGUCCACAAGCCCCGCCUUUGCUCACCUGGUACCUCAACGGUGAGAGACAGAGCGAGGUUUCAGGUAGCCGGGGUCCAGGGCGUCUUGUGAUGACAUCACCAAAUGACAAGGGAAAGAUGAAGUACAGUGCAGAGCGAAACAGCACAUUCACUCUUCGGCCCAGGAAGUCGGAUCGUGAGCUGGUGUGUGCCGCCACCAACCCGCAUGGUGUUCAGCCAGAGAUUCUGCGAGUCAACGCACACUACAGCGAGACCUCUGACCCCGGGAUCUCAUUGGUGCUAUUUGCAUUGGUUCGCUCUAACCCCCCGGCCACCAUAACGUGGGUGGAUCAAUCCGGCCAGCUGGUGGCCAACAGCUCUGACUUCCUCAUCCUGGACUCGCGGAGCUACCCAUGGCUGGCCAAUCACAGUCUGCAAGUCAUGCUGAGCAGCUUAUCAGGAAAUGUCUCCCUCAGCGCCAACAACAGCCUGGGGGCCACCCACACCAACCUGACGCUCACAGAAUUCCUGCAGUCUCGGGUGGAAGUGCCAGUGCUAGGGAUUGUCACCGGUGGUGUCGCAGGCUUUGUCACGCUCCUCAUCCUCACUCUAAUGGUGCUAUGUCUUCUGCAUAAAGACAAAUCCAAAAUUAUCGAGGAACCGGUGGCAAUUCCCAUGACCCAAGAAUGUAACAGAUCAGAAAAAGUGCAGGUGAGCGGAGUGUAUCUGCCUCGUGAGAACAUGUCGCUGCCCUCCAACGUGCCGCUCAACGAACACAGUGCUCUCUGUAAAGGACAGCUUUCGAACUCCAGACAGAACACUUUAACACGGAAGACUAAAGAUGAGGAGGAAGAGGACCUCUCAUUGGCUUACGCUGCCAGAGGUUUCGCCAGAUACCCCAUGGUCGGUUACAUCUACAAAGUAAACAGCACAAGCAGUGAAGAGAUCUGGCUUUGAUUGUAUUGCUAUAAACAGACACAAACACUCAUUUCAUAAUGGUCCUUGCUAGAUUUUAAUAUUAAACAAAAAAAAUGAUACAGAUUUUAAAGUAUAUAAACAAUUCUAUGUAACAAUUUACUAACUAAUAUAUAAAUAUAUAUAAAAAAAUUUAAUCUAUAUUUUAUAUAGAUUAAAUGAAUUAAACAAAAAGAAAUAAAUACAUUUCAAGUCCAAACAAUUCCUUUCAAAAUAAAAUGCGUAAUUAAAUAAAUCUGCAUUUUACCCUCGCUUGAUAUAACAGAUAUUAAGAUGGCUGCUGCAAGCAUAGACAGUUAGAGAAUUAUUAUCAUUUUAAUGCAAUUACAAAAUACAAAUGAAUAAAAGGAUAGAAACGAUGCUUUUUAAAAGCUUUUCUUGACUCUUAAAAGCAACCCAGAGAAAAUAAUGCUAAUCGAUUCUUUAUUUAUGUAAUAAUAUCGUGAGCUUAUCAUAUCACAUCAUUCCACCUCUCUUUAAAAAAAAAAAAAAGAUCUAAACAGUAUUCGAAUGCUAUUGAAAUUAAAGCGAUAUAUAAAAAAAAUAAUGCAAGUUUAAUAGAACAUAAUAUCCAGGUAUAGGACCUUAAAUAGAGAUUUACUCAGAGACGUUACCCAGAAUUCUGUGCUGCUAUGUGGAAUGUUCCAUGGUCUUUGUGUAUUCAAAGAGAAUGUUAAAGAAAUUCUAAUAAUAUAAUGAUGACGGUUAUAUUUGUAAUGAUAAGACCACACCAAGGUGUGUUUGUAUAUUUCCAUGUAUAUAUUAUGCAUGUACAGGUAAGGAAUGUACUGUGUAUAUAUUCUGUACGUCAAGAGUUAUUUAUUAAAGAUGGAGAGAUUCGUUUCUUUCCAUCCAGCAGGAGGUGCUAAGACUUGAGUCUCUAGUGGUUAUUCAUUCAUUCAUUCAUUCAUUUAUUCAUUAAUUCAUUCAUUUAUUUAUUCAUUUACCUUCACCCCCCUUCACACACGCAUCCAAACACACACGCAUUCAUAACAUUUCUGUAUCCUCACUGAACCAAACAUGUAGAAUAAUCAGGUAUCACAUCAGUGAGAUGUGGAAGAAAUGAGUCAAUACUGAAAAUGAUUCACAUAAGAAUUAAUCGAAAGGUAUGAAGAUAAAUACACACACUCAAUAAAUAAAUACAGUCAUCGCUGAAUGAAAUAACGAGUUGAACAUGGACGAUUUACAGAAUAAACACUGUUUAUGAACUUUA